GGUCUCAUGUCGUUUUCACAGAUGGCACAACGCUCUCUGUGAAACAAACUUUAUAUACGCGUUAAGGUUUGGUAAAUGUUAACUGCGUGUCGUGCGGUCCUCGCGUAACGCGCUCGGUAUUUUGGAGCAGGCUCAGCGCAGCGGCUACUCAGUUUUCUCGUGCGUACAGCAUCUCCACUUUUUCUGCUUGGUUUCGUUUCCCCCCUUUCCACUAUCCUGAACUCAAAAUAUCAGCUGACCCCGUUUGAAUAGGUGUCAGGAUGGAUGAGACGGAGAAGUACAAACAGCGACUAGAGGCCAUUGCUGAGAAGCGUCGGCUGCAGGAGGAGCAGGACAGAGCCAAGAGAGAGAUGGAGGAUGAGAAGCUCAGACUACAGCAGCUCAAGAGGAAGUCUCUGAGGGACCAGUGGCUGAUGGAAGGUGCUCCCUUGUCCCCAACCUCUCUGGAUACCCAGAGUCCACCUUCCCCUCUGUGGGGGUUCCAAACACAGGAGAAUGAAAAUCACACUGACAGGCUGCAGUCAGAGAGUGAGCAGUUGGCAGAAGAAAAAGAAAAUCUAAAGGAGCAGAUGGAAGAUGGUCAAACAGAGGCAGUGAAAUCGGCAGAGGCCAAAGAAGAAAAGGCCUGGAGCAAUGUUGUGCAGAAUGGAGAAAACAAUGCAAGCGAAUUAGAAGCUAUUAAAGAUCAACUAAAGAUAAACCAAAGACUACCACUGGUUGAAAGUGCAGUUGUUCUAACCAAUGGUGGAAAAAAUGAAAAUACAAACACCAGUAACCGUGCUUUAGAGCAGAGUACUCAGCCCACCACCAAUGGACCAGCAGGCGAUACUGAGGCUGUUGUUAGCAUGAAUGUGGAAGGUGUAUUGAUCCUGGGUGUUUCUGAGGCGGAGUCUGGUCAGGUUCCAGCUGUUAGCAAUAAUGAAGAGGAAGAAGAAGGCACUCUGGUGAUGAGAGCAGAAUGUGUGAUCAUCACAGAUGAAGGGAAUGAUGUACCUGAGGAUCUUACACCCCAGGAAGAUCAGCAGGAGAUGGCGCAGUCAGAGGAAAGCUCUCCCCCAAAUCCAGAAACCAGCAAAGAGGAAGGGAAGGUUGUGGAGGGGCUACUAAAAACAGAAGUAUCUCCAGAAACUAUCAAACAAACAGACAAGAGUGAGGCAACAGAAAUCACUGCAGAGCCACAACCAGCUACUGAAGAUGUAGAUGUGGAGGGUGAAAUAAAGACAAAUGAAGAGAAAAAUGCUGCCGGACAGGACAAACAGUCAGAAGGUCUCACUUCUGUGCCACCUCAGUCCCAAGCCAGUGCUCUAGAGAGCACUACAGAGGAUUCAGUGCCAGCCCACUCAGAGGCACAACCCUCCACUGUCACCCCCGAGGCUGAGGAUGAGGUUGAACUGUCACCAGAGGGAGCUGAGACAGCAUUUGAAGCCGAAGCCCAUGUUACCUUGCCUGACGAGUUCCAGGAGGUACCCCUGUCUGAUUCCCAAGAGGACCAGAGGGCAGACACAUUGCCAGCAGAGAAGGAACCCCUUCUGCUGCAGGCCAAAACCCCCUGUACUCAAGAAGAGCCAGCAGCAGCUAAAAGCCCAUCCAGCAGAGAUUUACACAGUACAGCCAGCGCUAUCCAGGGAGAGGAGACUGAGGUGCCCAAACACAAAGCCUGCCAGUGCUGCACUGUCAUGUAAAAGCCCUCUCAGUACAUUCAUUUCUUCAGAUGGCCAAUUUCUUUCUGCUGUUCAUUUGGUAAUGCAUUCCUUCCCUUGUCUUGUUUUAUGCUCCCAUCCAUAUUUUGAAUCAGUUCCCUCCACUGUUCUCUGCCAACAUUCCUUGUAUUUGUCUUGAAACUUCCUCAUCCCACUCUUGGGGUUUGAUGUUCUAAGAGGAAGUAGGUUCUCCCCAACAUGAAGAGAGGGGAGGUACAGAUAGAACUCAUGACUGUUUAAAUGCCUGGAGGAGCUCACUCCCCGGGACCACACUUUUAAAUUCUGUUCACACAGCGUCGACCAAAACACUGUUUGGGUUUGAUUUAAUUUUCUUGGUUAGCAGAUGAGUCAGUCAAUCUACUGUACAUAGUUUCAUAAAAUCCACAUUUUAGAUAUAGCUGGAAGAAACAAACUGUGUUGUUUUGAACUGUUGUAUACUUAAUGGGAUAUUUUUUAUAAUCUAAUAUGAAAUGUUAUUGGAAAAGCCCAAAGAUCCUGAGAUUCAGAGAAGAUACCAUUCUAAUUUAAUGACUUUAAAGCUGCAGUUUUUGAUUGGUUUUGUUUUUAUGUUAGAGAUAUUUUCAAUCCAAGUACAGGACCUGAGCAUUUUUAUUUACACUGUUCUACAAUAUACAGACUAAUACUUUUCAGUGUUCAAAUUUAUAAGCAGUAGCAUGCACCAGUGAAUCGUUUGUGGGCCUUUGUUAGUUUUAAGGAAGAAAUUAUUUUAAAAGACCUGUAAGUGCAAAUGUUCUACCACAUCUGCUCCUGACACUGUGCAUGGAUGUAUUUAUGGUAAAUGACUGGUGAAUGAUUCAGUAAACAGUUCUGUGACACUAGA